AUGUUGCAAGUACCUUUCAAGCAAGUGAAUGUGUUCAGUGGCGAGCCCUUUAAGGGUAAUCCAGUGGCAGUGAUUAACUGUCUUGAUCUAGAUGAGAGCAACUACCUGACUGAUGAGGAGAUGCAAUCCAUUGCCAAUUGGACUAACCUUUCAGAGACCACCUUUAUAUACAAGAGUCAGAAUCCUCAAGCUGACUAUAAAGUCAGGAUCUUUACUCCGGUAAGUGAAUUACCGUUUGCUGGUCAUCCAACAGUCGGCACAUGUAAAGCAUACUUGGAUAUUGUCGGUAAGCCAAUUAGUGGGAACUAUAUUGUUCACCAGGAAUGUGCUGCAGGGUUAGUACCCAUCGAGAUCAAGGAUGGUAUCGUAUCUUUCUCUGCGCCUCGUGUUGCUCCUACAGAGCUUAGUGACGAAGUUAUUGCAGAAUAUACCAAGAUUGUGGGCCAUCCAUACACACAUAGGCCUCAGAUGAUUGAUUCGGGCCCUCAGUGGGUAGUAUACUUGGUCGAAGACGCUGACACCUGCUACAACAUCAACCCAAAUUUCCAGAACUUAAAACUCUUGAACCUGGACAAUGACCACUCAGGUGUCAUCAUUGCUGGUCCACGUAGUGACAAUGAAUGGGAGAUGAGAGCAUUUGUACCUGUGCUAUCGGUUCCCGAGGACCCUGUAUGUGGCAGUGGUGCCGCUGCAUUCAUUGGCCAUUUGCAACAGCGGUUCCAAUACAAGGAAACCACAAAUGUGAAAAUCACCCAAGGAGGCAGACUGAACAGAAAUGGUCUAAUUGUUGGUCAGAUCAACUUAGACAACGAGAAACCUGUCUACAAAAUUGGUGGUGUGCCAGUAACCGUGGUUGAUGGUACCAUCACAGUUAGAGUUUAG